AUGGGAAAAGAAAACGGGCGUUUUUUCCCAGUUUGGAUACUUUUGGGAAAAAUCUUUGCCACUCUUUGCUCGGACCCUGAACUCACCACCAACAGUGGAUUUGUGAACAGCAGUGUCACCCCUACCUCCCUGCCCGCCACCACCGCUGAGUGGCUCACCAAUUACACAGACAUCGUUUCCAAGUUCUCCCUGCGCACGGCCGACAUUCCUGAUGAUGACAUGUGCUACAUAGUGACCGGCAGUCCCGAAACCAUCCGGGAGUGCAAUUUCAAUGCGCAGACGCAGACGUUUGUCAUCAUCCACGGAUGGACAGUAACGGGCAUGUUUGAGAGCUGGGUACCCAAACUGGUAUCGGCUCUGUACGAACGCGUACCCAGCGCCAAUGUGAUCGUGGUGGACUGGCUGACACGUGCCAACCAGCACUACCAUACUUCCGCGGCCUCCACUAAACUGGUGGGCAGAGACGUGGCCAAGUUUGUCACCUGGAUACAAAAAGAGCUGGAGCUGCCAUGGGACAAGAUCCACCUGGUGGGGUACAGUCUUGGGGCGCACGUGGCUGGAAUUGCCGGUGACCUAACUGACCACAAGAUCAGCAGGAUCACAGGAUUGGAUCCCGCUGGUCCCAUGUUUGAACACGCAGACGAGCAGGAUACGCUGUCCAAAGACGACGCCCAGUUUGUGGACGUCCUGCACACCAACACCCGAGGUUCGCCCGGCCGCAGCAUUGGCAUCCAGAGGGCCGUGGGUCACAUCGACGUCUACCCCAACGGAGGAACUUCCCAGCCGGGUUGUGACAUUCCAAACACCCUGAGGGUGAUUGCGCUGGAAGGACUUAGAGGCCUACAAAAUGCGGACCAACUGGUCAAGUGUUCGCACGAGCGCUCCAUCCACCUGUUCAUCGACUCGCUACUCAACGCGCAGCAGCAGAGCAUGAUGGCUUACCGCUGUCACUCUCGCGAGGCCUUCAACAAGGGCUUGUGCCUCAGCUGCCGCAAGAACCGCUGCAACAAAAUCGGCUACAACAUCAACAAGGUCCGUAUGACACGCGGGGCCAAGAUGUACCUCAAGACUCGAGAAAUGAUGCCCUACAAAGUUUUCCACUACCAAGUAAAGAUGCAUCUGUUCGCCAUGGGAACCCUGAACUUGAAAGAGCAACCCAUGAAAAUUUCCUUGUAUGGAACCGAGGGAGAGAAGGAAGACAUCGCCUUUGUCCUGCCCGUCAUGGACAGCAACAGCACGCUGUCCUUCCUCAUCACCACCGACGUGAGCAUCGGCGACUUGAUGAUUGUCAAACUGCGCUGGGAAAAGGAUGCCAUCUUCAGGUGGUCGGACUUAUGGGAAAGCAAGUUCUACGUCCGAAAAAUACGUGUCAAAUCAGGGGAGACACAGUCGAAGGUGAUUUUCAGCGCAAAGGAAGCAGAGUUCACCGAUCUGAUCCGAGGUGGAGAAGCGGCAGUGUUUGUCAAGUCCAAAGAAGACAACAGAAGUCGUAAAGAAAAGCUGAUGCACAAAUUGAAGACGCAGGGCAGUCUCUUUGGUCAGAACGAUGCUUAG